CUGAGAAGGAAGACGAAGAAACUAGAAGUGAACAAUGGAACAGGACUGUAAAGUGACCGUGAUGGCUUUUGCGGACGCAGAAUCAAACAAGAAACCGGGCGCUAAAUGUGGUUCAAGGCUUACCACGGCUCUCUUGGGUUUAACACUAUUCCUUGCUUGCGCUGCUGCUGUGGUCUUUUUCUCCAGCCUUUACAGCAAGAAUCCAGGACAAGAUGAGGUCGGUUUUGAUAUUCACCACACAUUGCGGCACAUCUCCAAUGUCCGAGCUGCCAUUCACUUAACAGGACAGUACAAUUCCCAAAUUGCCAACUCUGUGGAAUGGAUAAACCAGGUGGACCCAUCCCAUUCUCAAGGCGGUCUGGAGCUCAAGGACAACGAGAUCGUCAUCCCCCAAAGCGGCCUCUAUUUUGUCUACAGUCAAGUAUCUUUCCGGGUCAGCUGUCGAAAGGACGACAACGACGACGCCUCGGCCACGUCGUUGAUCCACCUCACCCACCGAGUGAGACGAUGGUCGAACUCGUUCGGCAACGACGAAUACCGGACCAUCCUGCACUCUGUCCGGACUGCCUGUCAAAAAACGGACACUGAAGAAGAGGGCAACUGGUACUCUGCCGUCUACAUGGGAGCUGUGUUUAACUUAAAUAAAGGAGACAAGUUGAAGACCGUGACUGAGAAAAUGCUGCCUAACCUGGAGGAAGAAACCGGGAAGACGUUCUUCGGCGUCUUCGCCUUGUGAGAACAUGAGAGGCAGAGCCUAAUACCAAAGAAAUGGACGGCGAGCUUUGACAUCUGCUACCCUUAAGGUUCGUCAGUUAAAAAAAAACGAAUGUGAUUCAAAUACACUGUGAUAAAAAUUACCAUACGGUGAUUCAUUUAUCUCUGAGAUAUUAAGGCUAAAGGGCUAAAUAUGUUAUGUACUGUGUACGAUCAAGUGUCAGUACCUUUUGCUGUACUACAAUGCACAAUGUUAUUAUGCAAUUUAGUAGUGUUAAUGCAAGGUUACACAUUGCAUAAUACCCUGUGAUGAUUCAUGAACUGUAGCGUAUGUAUUUAUUGAACCUAUUUAUAUAUUUAUUUUCAGUCAUAAUAUCAAAAAUGUAA